AUGCUCUUCAUCCGUGGCACGGGAUUGGGGGGGCUACUGCUCGCCCUGGGCUUGUCGACUGCGAACGCACACUCCUGGGUAGAACAACUGACGGUCAUCGCGCCAAAUGGAACCUUCGUCGGAGCAACUGGCUACCCCCGCGGCAAUGUCCAGCGGACCGCCUCUGGCUUCAGCGAUACCGAUAUGACGUAUCUUAUCCCUCCCAACGGCCGGGCCAAUCAAAGCGAGAUCCUUCCCACCGACAAGAUGUGCAAGGACAGCCAGCAGUUGUACCAACAGACUGAAGGAAACCCCCGACUGCAGGCCAGCGCGGGCGCGGCCAUCGCUCUUCGCUUCCAGGAAAACGGCCAUGUGACCCUUCCCGGGACGCAGCCGGGGAAGCCCCCGAACCGGGGCACGGUAUACGUGUACGGGACCACCGAGCCCAAGGCAGACGAGAAGCUCCUGGACGUCCACCGCGUCUGGAACCGCGACGGCACGGGGGGCGACCGACGAGGCGUGCUUCUUUCGGAACAGAACUUCGAUGACGGCCGGUGCUACCAGAUCAACUCCGGGAAUAUCUCCGAGCAUCGCCAGGCCGAGUUUCCUCACGUGGCCGACCAGACCAUGGGCGCCGAUCUGUGGUGUCAGCAGGAUAUCGCGCUACCCGCGAAUGCGCCGUCCGGCAAGCCGUAUACCAUGUAUUGGGUUUGGGACUGGCCGACUGCGCCUGGUGUGACGGACACGCUGCCCAACGGCAAGCAGGAGAUCUACACCACCUGCAUCGACGUGGAUGUUGUGGACAGUGCUGCGACGCAUACGUACGUCAAGGCUGGAGCUGCAGAUUAUGUGGAAGACCAACCUUUGGAUAGGGCCUCGAUCCCAUCGCAAUUUGCUGAGAUCAUGGGUUCUCGUCCAGCCGUGGGUGGUGAAUCCAGCCAGCCUGUGCCAUCGCCAUCCUCGACAGCGCCAGCCUCCGCAUCAUCCCAGCCAGCCUGCACACCGUCCGAGCCAGCCUCCAAGACCACCUUCUUGACGAUCUAUAAGACCAUUUAUCCAAGCAGUACACCGGUUUGA